AUGCCAUAUGAGGCAGAGCAUGGCUAUGCAUCAGUGUUGCCCUUCUACAGUCCAGGGGACUCUGAUAAGAAGCGGAAGCAGAAGAACAAGAAGCUGCAGGCUGCCGGUAGUAACAGGACAGUCCAUAAUGAGUUGGAGAAGCACAGACGUGCUCAGUUGAGACACCACCUGGAACAGUUGAAGCAGCAGGUUCCUCAGUUGUCUGACUCCAUGAGAAACACCACCCUGAACCUGCUGAGACGGGCUGAGACACACAUCAAGAAGCUGCAGGAGCAGGAUGAACGUGCGGAGCAGUUAAAGGGUCGUCUGCGUUGGGAGCAGAGUGAGCUGAGGGUGAGGCUGGAGCAGCUACAGGGCCCUGGGGGUCUGACUGGUCUGGGGGGUCUGACUGGUCUGGGCCUGGGGGGUCUCACUGGUCUGGGAGGAACAGGAGUGGUCUCAGAGAGGAUGAGGAACGACAGCCUGGGAUCAGCAGCCAUGUCCUCUUCGGAGAGAUCUGACUCUGACAGAGAAGACGUGGAGGUUGAUGUGGAGAGUAUAGUGUUUGACUGUCUGGACUCUGAUGGACUGGGGACGGUCCCUCACACAGGCACAGAUCACUGUUACUCCAGCGGCCCCGCCUGGGCCGGGCUAUGACCUACCUACCGCUGUAUACAA